AUGGCCCUGCACUUUCCUCACAAGAAUAGGCAUAAUCGGUCAAAGAGCAUGCCCUCAAGGCUGCAGGGUGACCCAAUUCUUACAGACGCACUUAUCAGUGAGGUAGAAAGAUUGGAGGACUGCUGUUCUUCUUCCUCAUGCUUUGGAGGAGAUUGGCUUGCACAAGCACUGGAGGUAGCGAUGAAAUGUUGUUCCAAUCUUUCAGACAUGAAGAUACACAUGGAGAGCAAGUGGAUGAACGCACAUCUGGAUGACAUACUUCAUCUGCUUGAGGCGUGCAAUGUUUUGAGAGACACCAUUGCAGACAUCAGGAAGCAGAACGCUUGUAUACAGAUAGCAAUUCGAGGACUUGGCCCUGCCCUCACUCCGUCUGUGCAUGUCCUCCAGAGAGCUCACACCUCUAUUGCUUCUUGGCUGAAGAAGAAGAAUGACACAAACUCGCAGCUGGAGAAAUGCAUGUCGAAUUUGAGGCGAAUGGCGGAAAAGCUGAACCGUGAGGAUAGAGCAGGAGUGGAAGGCGCUGUCAUGAACAUGAUCCAUGCCAAGGCCAUCAUCAUAAUGGUUUGCUCUGCCUUUGUCGCUGCUCUUUCCUUCAAGACAUCACACAUGAGGAUGCCAUCUCUUCCUCUUCCUACGCAUUUCAGUCGCCUGCAUGACAAGCUGAGGGAGGCAGUCGAAAUGAGAAAGAGGUCAUCAUCAUCAAGGUUGUUGAACGAGUUGGAGGGAGCAGAUAUUGCACUAGGAAACCUCAACAAUCAUUUAAACUCAAACUCCAAGUUGCACCUUCCUCUUCACCUCUCGCCCGCAACCGUCGCACUUCAUCAGUUGGAGACAACUCUUCCCCAGUUUGAGCACAAAAUCAACCAGCUAUUCAGGUUUCUUAUCUCUACGAGAGUUGCACUCUUGAACAGCCUUUCUUCGCACUGA